CAGUCGGAGCCAGAGCCGGAGCCUGAGCCACGUCGUUACCCAUCUCACCGCCCCGCUGGGAAACCGCGUUUCCCCGAGGAGAGCGGCUGCCCACGCCCGGAGCAUCUUCCUCUGUCCACCGGGCGCUGACGGACCCGGCGGCAUGAUGCGGCUGCGAGGCUCGGCGAUGCUGCGGGACCUGCUCUUACGUUCGCCCGCCGUCGCUGGUGCGGCGCUGAGGCGGGCGCAGCCCCUUGCCACCCUGUGCCGGCGCCCCCUGGGCGGGGGCCGGACGGCCGCGGGCCCAGUGUCCGCCGCGCGGCUCUUCCCGUGGUGGGGCGGGGGUGGCCGGCCGGCAGGACCCCUCUCGCGGGGCCUGUCCAGUUCCCCCUCGGAGAUCCUGCAGGAGCUGGGCAAGGGGGGCCCGCAGCCUGGGGCGUCGCCGCCCGCGGCCCCUCCGGCGCCCGGCCCCAAGGACAGCCCCGGGGAGACGGAUGCGUUCGGCAACAGCGAGGGCAAGGAGCCGGCGGCCGCAGGCGAAAAUAAAAUAAAACAGGGUCUGUUACCCAGCUUGGAAGACUUGCUGUUCUAUACGAUUGCAGAGGGACAAGAGAAAAUACCUGUUCAUAAAUUUAUUACAGCACUCAAAUCUACAGGAUUGCGAACGUCUGAUCCCAGGUUGAAAGAGUGUAUGGAUAUGUUAAGAUUAACUCUUCAAACAACAUCAGAUGGUGUCAUGCUAGACAAAGAUCUUUUUAAAAAAUGUGUUCAAAGCAACAUUGUUUUAUUGACACAAGCCUUUAGAAGAAAGUUUGUCAUUCCUGAUUUUAUGUCUUUUACCUCACACAUCGAUGAGUUAUUUGAAAGUGCUAAAAAGCAGUCUGGAGGAAAGGUUGCAGAUUAUAUUCCUCAACUGGCCAAGUUCAGUCCUGAUUUGUGGGGUGUAUCAGUUUGUACAGUAGAUGGACAGAGGCAUUCUAUCGGAGAUACCAAAGUUCCCUUUUGUCUUCAGUCCUGUGUAAAACCUUUGAAGUAUGCCAUUGCUGUUAAUGAUCUUGGAACAGAGUAUGUGCAUCGAUAUGUUGGUAAAGAGCCGAGUGGAUUGAGAUUCAACAAACUAUUUUUAAAUGAGGAUGAUAAGCCCCACAAUCCUAUGGUAAAUGCCGGAGCAAUUGUUGUGACUUCAUUAAUAAAGCAAGGAGUAAAUAAUGCUGAGAAAUUUGACUACGUGAUGCAGUUUUUGAAUAAGAUGGCUGGUAAUGAAUAUGUUGGAUUCAGUAAUGCAACGUUUCAGUCUGAAAGAGAAAGUGGAGAUCGGAAUUUUGCAAUAGGAUAUUACUUAAAAGAAAAAAAGUGUUUUCCAGAAGGAACAGACAUGGUUGGUAUAUUAGACUUUUAUUUUCAGCUAUGCUCCAUUGAAGUGACUUGUGAAUCAGCCAGUGUGCUGGCUGCGACACUGGCUAAUGGUGGCUUCUGCCCAAUUACUGGUGAAAGAGUAUUGAGCCCUGAAGCAGUUCGAAAUACACUGAGUUUGAUGCAUUCUUGUGGCAUGUAUGAUUUUUCAGGGCAGUUUGCUUUCCAUGUUGGUCUUCCUGCAAAAUCUGGAGUUGCUGGGGGCAUUCUUUUAGUUGUCCCCAAUGUCAUGGGCAUGAUGUGCUGGUCCCCUCCUCUGGACAAAAUGGGCAACAGUGUUAAGGGAAUUCAUUUCUGUCACGAUCUUGUUUCUCUGUGCAAUUUCCAUAAUUAUGAUAAUUUGAGACACUUUGCAAAAAAACUUGAUCCUCGAAGAGAAGGUGGUGAUCAAAGGGUAAAGUCGGUGAUAAACCUUUUGUUUGCAGCGUACACUGGAGAUGUGUCUGCGCUCCGAAGGUUUGCGUUGUCAGCCAUGGACAUGGAACAGCGAGACUAUGAUUCCAGAACAGCGCUCCACGUAGCUGCUGCCGAGGGUCAUGUUGAAGUUGUUAAAUUUUUGCUGGAAGCCUGCAAAGUAAAUCCUUUCCCCAAGGAUAGGUGGAAUAACACUCCCAUGGAUGAAGCCCUGCACUUUGGACACCAUGAUGUAUUUAAAAUCCUCCAGGAAUAUCAAGCCCAAUACACACCUCAAGGAGAUUCCGACAAUGGAAAGGAAAAUCAAACCGUCCAUAAGAAUCUUGAUGGAUUGUUGUAACAGUCUUCAUCCCAAUGUUUAAAUCACUUACCUAUUUAAUUGUGGAUAAUGAUUAUGAAGAAUGAACAUGUACAUUUCUAUCUGGUAGUGAUGUAUAUUUUACAUUUGUCAUUUCAGUGUUAUUGGUGUUUUCUUCAUUGUAUGCACAGGACAAAUUUGAUCUCUUCGGAAAAAAAAUAGAAAUAAAAACAAUCACCCUCCAUAAUGUGAGCAAUAUUUACCUCGUGCAUUGUACCAUUUGAUGUAAAAGAAAUAGUUACCAAUGCUAGCUUAACUGUGUGGUCUUCAUGAUUUUCUGUGUGUGUUUUAUGAAUUUUCAACUUAUAGUGAUGAUCUGCUGAUACGCAUUUACAAAUUAAGCUCUGUUGUGCAGUCUGUCCAAAUGGAUCAAGGCUGCCUUCUGAAGCAAAUAGUGUGAUUUUCAAAACUUCAAAUACAGAUUUAGUUUGAGUGUUUGAACAAUACACAUUUAGGGUUGUGUGUUUAAAAUGUCUCCUUUCACCCGAACUUCAUGACAUAACUCUUUCAGGAUUGUAUUAGUUAACAACUGUUAGUACAAUAGACCAGUUAUGAUUAGACUUUAUCAGGGAAUCUGUUUGGUGACCAAAACACGUGUAAAUGUAGUUAUAAUACUUUUGAAAUUUUUUCUGUUUUCUAUAUCCCCUUAGUCCAGCCUCUCUUCCUAUUUAGCUACUCGCCUCUUUCCUCUAGCCAGGAAAGUGGGUGCUGGCAUACUAUGCAGUUUUCAUGUUUUCCACAGUAAGUCAGAAAUGCCUCAUAUCUCUGGCAUCUGUCUUCAGCAGAUGAAGCAGAGACAGAUUACUAAGUUAAGUACAAAUCGGUCAGAUUCAUCAGUCUGUAUAGUCAAAGGAUGUACCACUUCAAGAAGGUAGUCUUCAGCUUCUAGAAUAAAUCCUGAAAUGCUCUGAGCUACCAAACUUAUCAAUAGUAUGGGAACUGCUACAAGUAACAAUUGUUUUGAAAUCUGUCAUUAAAUUCUACAUCAAGGUUCUCUUUAGGGGACCACUAGAUCACUCCAGUUUCUUCUAAUCCUCUAUUGUGUAAUUUUUGAUGGACUCU